UAAGCGAGCAAAAAAAAUCAAAUUCUGACACUGCGGCUGUCAUUAUGUCAUAUUUAUAUAUCAGGAUUCAGCUGGUAAGUCUUAUGUCAAUGAGGCAUUUGUUAACCAUAUCGUAAACAAGGAUUAAAUAUAUAUUUAUUUUUUUUUUACUUUUAAUCAAAAUGCUCUGCCCCGAAGUAAAUAACUUUCCACCCCCCAAAACAAUGUGUACAGUACGAAAAAAUAUAAAUAUAGAGAAAACCGAAAAUAUAAUAAAUUUGAAUAACUUUUAUAGAAGCGCUAUAAUAACUUUUCCUGAUGAAUUAAGUGUACCCAGUUUUAUUCAAGAAUGUUUUCUAGAUGAUACCGAUUAUUAUAAGAUCUUAAGUUGUCCUGUGGUUGAGUUUAUUGAUCCUGUAUUCAUUGAAACUUUCGUGCGAAAAGGCAGGUUAUAUAUUUUAUCAGUCAAUCAAAGUUGUAUUACACACAAUAGCGCCGCAAUUACGCCAGAUGGAAUAUUAACAUUGAAUAUAUCAGAUUAUGUUUAUCAAACGCUUGGCAUAGAAGGGAAAAAAAGACCACAUAAUUUUUAUGAAGUCCGGAUAGAUUUAAGAGAAAUUAAACGGAACGAAAAAUUAAAAAAUGCCUUAAGUAAGCUUGACCUCUUCAGUUUCUAUCUAUCUUGGGAGCCACAGGAUGAAGAUAUAUGCCCAUCUACUAUUGCAAAAUACUUCUGUGAUAAAAACUACACUGUGUCACAACAUGCCUUACAAGCGAAAAAUUUGUCCCCAGACAUUACAACAAUACCAUCACUAAUUGAUAUAGAUAUAGAUGAAGUAGUUGAGUGGUUGGGAAUGUUAGCACAUAAUGCUGAUUUAACACCCGAUGAAAAUUAUGUAAGUACAUAUUAUGUGCCAGAAAGCAAAACAAAUUUGCAAUCAACAAGAGUGGCAGUAUUAAUCAUAAAGGGAUUUAUGACACCUAAUAUUAUAACAAAAGCAUGCAAGGCAAUAUCGGAGUAUGCUCUUUCAAGGGAACUAGAGAAUUACUGGGCAGCGUUAAGUAUACAGACUGUGGAGGAAAGUUUAUAUCAAUGGCAUUUCAGCAGCCCACAUAUGUUCCAGUCACAUAACUCAUCAUGUAAUAUAUUUUUUACACACAAUGAUCAGGUCAUUUAUACAGUAGGACAAUUAAAGUAUUCUUGAUCAA